AUGGACAGUCAAAAGAAACCGGAUUCCCUCCCCUCCUCCUCGAGAGAUGGGGAAUCCCACAAGAAGGGCAACCGCAGUACUCGAGCAAAAUACUACAUUGCUUCGAUUACACAGCUUCUUCCGUUUGUCAAUAGCAAGGAUAAACCCAAACCUUCAAAAAGGAGGAAGAUCAUUUACUAUGCGAUUGUCGCUAUGAUAUUCUUGGCCAUUGUUGCAAUCGGUUUAGGACUUGGAUUGUCAGCGCGAGCUGCCAAGGAUGAUCAUAGGUAUAGCAACGUCGUCCUUCUGGACUAUGCCGCCUACCGUGGGCAUAUGCAGGAUAACGGUGUUUCGUAUUGGAAGGGGAUGCGAUAUGCGGCCGCGCCAACGGGGAGUUUGAGGUUCGCUGGACCACAGGAACCGGAUAUUGUACUUGAAGUUCAGGACGCUAUUUCGCAUGGUCCCUUGUGCAUUGCUACUGGCACCUAUCCCAUCCCCAGCAGUCAGUCCGAAGACUGCCUGUAUGUAGACGUCUAUGCGCCAACUCAUGCGAAAAACAAUACCGCUCUACCAGUCUUCGUCUGGAUUCAAGGAGGCGGAUACAACUCAUUGAGCAAUGCCAACUAUGACGCCACAGGAUUGAUCCAAGCAUCCGAUCUCAACAUUGUGGUAGUCACUUUCAACUAUCGCGUGGGUCCGUAUGGAUUCCUUGCUUCGCGUGAAGUUGAGCACAGCGGGAGCUUGAAUAAUGGACUCAAGGAUAUGAUCAAGUUGCUGCAAUGGGUGCAGAAGUAUAUCGGAGAGUUUGGAGGUGAUCCCACCCACGUCACCAUCGGCGGCGACAGCGCAGGCGCAGGAGCAAUCACACUCCUCCUCUCAGCCUACGAUGGCGGCAAGCAACUGGACGGUCUCUUCCAUGCCGCAGUCGCUGAGUCUCAGUCCUUCGGUCCUCAACUCACAGUGUCCGAAUCCCAGUUCCAAUUCGACAAUCUGACUGAACGCACUGGUUGCGCACGCCAUGAUCACCCUCUAAGUUGCCUACAAAACCUCGACAUUGACACUCUCCAACGACAUAAUACGUUCAUUCCUUAUCCAUCUGGGGUCCAUCCACCACUAUACCCCUACGGCCCCACGAUUGACAACAAUCUCGUAUCGAAUUAUACAUUCACUUUAUUCGGCGAAGGGAAUUUCAUGAAAAUCCCCGUCAUAUUCGGUGAUGAUACCAACGAAGGCACCGUUUUCACACCACACAAUACAUCCAGCGUGGAACAAGCCGAUGGCUUCCUCACGGACAACUUCCCAUUUCUGAAUGAUACCGAACUCUCAACUAUAAAUUCAAUAUACAUGUCCCAACCGGACAACCCCGUCUAUCCAAAAGCAGGUAAAUAUUGGCAAGGAGUGUCCAACGCCUAUGGAGAAAUGCGCUACAUCUGUCCUGGUAUAUAUCUCACAACUGCAUACAACAACGACUCGGAAACGAGUGACACAAUCUGGAAUUAUCAUUACGCCGUUCUUGAUGAUAAAGCUAAUACCACCGGUUACGGCACACAACAUACGGUUGAAGUAAACGCAAUCUGGGGUCCGGAAUAUGUCUCUUCAGGAUCUGCGCCGAAAUCGUAUUCUACAACGAAUGAAGGUAUUGUGCCCCUUAUGCAAGGGUAUUGGACUAGUUUUAUACGCUCGUAUAAUCCUAAUACGUAUCGUGCUGAGGGAGCACCGGAAUGGAAUACCUGGGGGAAUAGUGCGGAGAGAUUGUUUAUAAAGACGAAUGAUACUCAUAUGGAGACUGCGCCGAGUGAGCAGUUGAAUCGGUGUAGGACGUUGCAGGGAAUGGCGGUUUGGAAUCAUCAGUGAUUUAUUUCCCUUUUAGGGUUGUCGAUAGUUUUUUUUUCUUUUCCUUUUCUUUUCCUUGUACAUAUUGGCUUGGAAGUGUAUAUGUAAAUAUGGGCAGAUGAGCGAUGCUCUGAUGAUACCAGAACUAAGAUUUUUGCUGC